UCGUGCCAGUGUAUCGCUCCGAGCUCAAAACACUUUGAAGGGCUGCCUUCAAAGCACUCGAGAUCGAGCGCUGAAGUUCUUUGCCCUCCGUGUACUUUUGACAAAUACUGGGCAUCAACCAUGUUCCAGGCACUACCCUAGGCAAAGAAAAUAACGAGAUGGGCAAGGUUUCCGUCUGUGUUCCUGCUAGCGGACAUCACCCGCGCCGGGCUGCCACCCUGAACUGCCCGUCCGGUCCUCUAGGUUCAGCCACUUGGCGGAGCGCCGCACGGCACCCGACACGGCACUCCCUCCCGCAGUGGGCGCCAUGCUGGCUUCCGAGAAGCGGUUCUCACAAGCGAGUUCCAUCGCCCAAUACGGCUUCAUCUUCUACUGCCGUCCGCAGCAAGAGCACGGGCCGAGGCCAGCCCACGGCUCUUCACUGCGCGUCUCACACCGCAGCGCAACCAAGCGAGGACCCCGAGGUGAGCUGCCCGGCGAGCGCCUGAAGGACCCCGCGAGGGCCGCAGGCUAUCCAGCGUGGCGCCUGGUGGCCGAGCCCGGUGUGGGAGGACCAGGUAAACCCGGCGCUGGAGUCCCGCUACACUGGGGCUCCGAAAGACCCAGAAUCUGGGGUGGACUAGGCCCCGGGAGUGAGAUGGCCUCAAUCUUGCGAAGCCCUCAGGCUCUCCAGCUCACUCUAGCCCUGAUCAAGCCUGAUGCAGUCGCCCAUCCACUGAUUCUGGAGGCUGUUCAUCAGCAGAUUCUAAGCAACAAGUUCCUGAUUAUACGAAUGAGAGAACUACUGUGGAGAAAGGAAGAUUGCCAGAGGUUUUACCGAGAGCAUGAAGGGCGUUUUUUCUAUCAGCGGCUUGUGGAGUUCAUGGCCAGCGGGCCAAUCCGAGCCUACAUCCUCGCCCACAAGGAUGCCAUCCAGCUCUGGAGGACGCUCAUGGGACCCACCAGAGUGUUCCGAGCACGCUAUGUGGCCCCAGAUUCCAUUCGUGGGAGUUUUGGCCUCACUGACACCCGCAAUACCACCCAUGGCUCUGACUCUGUGGUUUCAGCCAGCAGAGAGAUUGCAGCCUUCUUCCCUGACUUCAGUGAACAGCGCUGGUAUGAGGAGGAAGAGCCCCAGUUGCGCUGUGGCCCUGUGUGCUAUAGCCCAGAGGGAGGUGUCCACUAUGUAGCCGGAACAGGAGGCUUAGGACCAGCCUGAUGCAGUCUAGGAAGACCAGUGGCAGCGCCCAGAAUUUUCUCCUAGAUGUCUAGUCUAAAACAGUCUCCUGGGACCAGGGAAGCCUGGGCUCAUAAUGCCAUUUCUGCUGGGCGUCACCACCUGCCUGAGGGCCUAGCUUACCACUGAACAUCCUCCAGAAUCUAGCUUUCUAUCUACCUCUUCUCUGGAAUGUUCAUGGUGGUUCAGAAGAAUGAUGACUCCUCUUUUUACUGAGAACUGUUCAUCCUUCAAUAAGCUUGCCUAACUGACUUGCCUGAAGAAUGCAGUGACUCUAAGCAACAUUUGGCCUGUCUUCCUCAAUAAAUGUCAGUGUUCUGAACCCUUUA